CCGCGCGCGCCGCUGUCUGCGCAGUCGCGGCCGGGGCGGCUCGGCUGCUGCGGCGCGCUCGGCGGCUGGCGGCGCGGCCGGGGAUGCUCCAGCGGGCGCGAUGGCCCCUGCCAUGCAGCCGGCCGAGAUCCAGUUUGCUCAGCGGCUGGCGUCCAACGAGAAGGGCAUCCGGGACCGGGCGGUGAAGAAGCUGCGCCAGUACAUCAGCGUGAAGACGCAGAAGGAGACAGGAGGUUUCAGUCAAGAAGAACUUCUAAAAAUAUGGAAAGGACUCUUCUAUUGCAUGUGGGUGCAGGAUGAACCCCUUCUACAGGAGGAGCUAGCGAACACUAUUUCCCAACUCAUCCAUGUUGUUAACAACUCAGAGGCUCAACACCUGUUCAUUCAGACCUUUUGGCAAACCAUGAAUCGAGAAUGGAAGGGAAUAGACAGGCUACGCCUGGACAAAUACUAUAUGCUGAUCCGGCUGGUCCUGAGGCAGUCCUUUGAAGUUCUGAAGCGAGAUGGCUGGGAAGAAAGCCGAAUCAAGCUUUUCCUAGAUGUCUUGAUGAAGGAGAUCCUGUGCCCCGAGAGUCAGUCUCCUAAUGGAGUGAGGUUCCACUUCAUCGAUAUUUAUCUGGACGAGCUCUCCAAAGUGGGAGGGAAGGAGCUUUUAGCAGAUCAGAAUCUCAAGUUUAUUGAUCCAUUCUGUAAAAUCGCCGCCAAGACUAAGGACCAGACCCUGGUGCAGACGAUAGCUAGGGGCGUUUUUGAAGCCAUUGUAGACCAGUCUCCUUUUGUACCUGAAGAGACAGUGGAGGAACAGAAGACAAAAAUGGGUGACAGUCACCUCCCUGAGGAAGAGGCCCCUGAAAAUGAGACGAUAUGGAGAAAAGCAGCCUGUAAAAAGAAGACAGCACUGGGCAAGAAUCACUCCAGAAAAGACGGGCUUGGUGAUGAGAGAGGGAGAGAUGACUGCAGAGCCUUGGAGGACGCUGGGCCCCUUCUCCAGUUUGACUAUAAAGCUGUUGCCGAUCGACUCCUGGAAAUUACCAACAGGAAAAACAUCCCUCCUUUCAACAGGAAGCGUCUCUCCAAACUAAUCAAAAAAUUCCAAGAUCUCUCUGAAGCAGGCAGUAUAUCUCAACUUAAUUUUGCUGAGGACAUUUCUGCUGAUGAAGAUGACCAAACCCUCAGUCAAGGAAGGCAUAAGAAAAAAGGCAAUAAACUUGUAGAAAAGGCUGACUCGGAAAAGGAGAAAGGGAACACCGUCUUUGCUGCUGAGAAAGAGGGCAGCGAAGGCAGUAUUCAAAAGAGAAAAAGGAAAAAGAAGAGGAAGAACCACCCCCAGCCUGAGAACUCGGGCCCAGGCGAUGAAGUCCCGUCCCUAGAACAGAAUGGCGGCGGCUCGUCCAGCACCGGGGAGGAGAGCGGCUCGGAGCACGCCCCCUCCGUCUCCAUGCACAACAGGAGGAAGCGGCCGAGGAAGAAGAGCCUGAGGGCCCCGGGAGAGACCUCAGCAGUGUCACCUCUGGAGGACCUGGCCCAGAGCGGCCUGAGCAGUGGACAGCCUCAGGCACCUGCCACCAGAGGUUCCCCGACAGACGGAGCCCAAGUCCCGAAAAGGAAGCGGAAACUCGGCACUCCCCCAGUCAGUGGCAGUGGCCUGACCACGCUGGCCUGGCCCCCGGUGCAGAAGGAAAGCCCCCCCACAGGCCCGGCGGAGGCGGGAGGCAGCCAGGCCAGCCUGCCCCAGUGUGCGAGGCUGCAGAAGAAAAAGGCAGAGCCCAGCAACUGCGACCUCUAUGACCUGUCCAGCCAGAAAACAGCAAUCUUAAAAAAGAGGAAGAAAAUGAAAGAGAUGUCGAACUUGGUAGAACACAAUGGAGUGUUGGAACCCACAGUCAGGCCGAGCUCAGCUCUGGGAGUCAGUGGGACUGUCGGCCCCUUGAAGAAGAAGCAGCUGAGGACAGAGAAUGACUUUGUGAAGUUUGACACCCCCUUCCUACCCAAGCCCCUGUUCGUCAGAAAAGCCAAGAGCAACACUGCCACCUGCUCUCCAGGUCCUGCCGUCCAGCUAAACAAGACACCGUCCAGCUCCAAGAAAGUCACCUUUGGGUUGAACAGGAACAUGACUGCAGAAUUCAAGAAGACAGACAAGAGUCUCUUGGUCAGCCCCACGGGCCCCUCCCGAGUGGCCUUCAAUCCCGAGCAGAAGCCCCUGCACGGAGUGCUGAAGACACCCCCCAGCUCGCCUGCCAGCACUCCCCAGGUGACCAAGAAGCCGCUGGCCGCCACUCCAAAGAGGAGGCCGACUGCUGUGGAUUUCUUCUGAGGACAGUAGCAGAGUCUCUUUUUAAAGACUGCUUUUGUACAGAAUAUUCUAUAAAUUAUAACUUUAAGAACCUAGGGCCUUUUUAUCAUUUUAUAAGUCCCUAUAACUGGUGUACACGAGGUUCUGAACGUGAGCUGCUGUUUACUCGUCCCUUCCACCGGGGGCCACAGGUUCUCCGUGGAAUUUUUCGCUACAGACAUUGUGCUUAAGGUCUCCGGGAUUCCACAUUUUGGGGUAACUUCAGUAAUUCCCAUCAGUGUAGGAACUGAGAUCUUGUAUGAAGCUGAGGAGAGCACACUAAUCUACAACUUUCAAUAAAUUGAUUAGCAUAAUUAAAGUGUGGAAUUACACUUCCUAGUCAGCUGUCAGUUCAUGCAGAACUUUGUUACAACCGUGUUUGCCGUGCUGGGUUGGUUUUCUGGUUAUUUCUAGUCUAACAGUCUGUUUUCUUUUCAAGCGUGUAGGGCUUCACCCCGUGUCCUGUGGGUAUUUGGCAGUUUACCGGUAAGGAUGAUUCUGGGAACAGAAUCGGCAAUACCAUAAUUUUCUACGUGUACUCAACUGGGGGAGUGGACAGGCAGGGGAGAAGAGACUCUUGCCCUGGGGGCUUCUCUCUUCCACUCUCACCUGUUCCUUCCCUGUUCUCCUACCUCUACGGCAAGCCCAAAGUGUCUUCUGGGGGCCAGCACCCCCCUUGGCUCUUACCCGGGGCUCACCCCUGCACCGAGCCCCUCUACUACGGUCUGCAGUGUUUUUGCAUCGAGCACACUCGUUCUUCCAGGCUCCUGGGCUCCGGUUUCUCUUUAUAUGUCAGUGUCUGAGCUGAGGAGCUAAAUGAUUGACGUCCCCAAAGCAGCUUUUCCAUCCUGGGUUAGAAUCCUUUCCUUAGAGGCGUGGCCACGGUGUCUGAAACCUAAGCCUUGCUGAGAGCAGAAGCCGCAGCCUGGAAGAACCAUGCAUGUGUAUUUGUCCACAAUGACCUUUAGUCUAAAAUAUGGGAGUUUCCACUUACUGAUUUUUAUAUGGUUCUUCUAAUCUAAGUUAAUUACAGAAACUGGGAUGGAAGGCGCCCAGACUUUAGUCGGAGAAACAGAUAUGUGACUUUCUCAGAGCAGUGCUCACUCAAUAAUUGAUCUGCACCUUUUGCCUGAGAGAUGGAGAAGACGCAGACUCGGAACCAAGUGGCACUUGAAGGAAGCCACGGGGUCAGGCUCUUUCCCCGUGGCUCACACAGUUAUAGAUUCUAAACAGAAGGAAGUCGUGAAGUGGGUAGCUUUGGCUGACCAGUGCCCUUUGCUCUCCCAGCCAGCCCACUCUCUGCUCAGGGGAAUCUUGGGCCUGGAAGUAAAAGCCACCCUCAUCCCAUCACGCCCCACCCUAUGCAGAAACCUCAAAUUUUCACUAAGCCCUGGGCCAGUGCCCUUUUCUGCUACUCCCAAACGGGACCCCAAGUUGCUUCUGUGGUCCCAGCCGUGGCUUUGGACGGCAGAGAGGCCCACUGGGAUCGCAGAGCUGCACUGAUUGGACUUUGAUUUCAUUGAUUCACGGAAGCAAAGGUGGGCUCCAUCUGGAGACCCAAACUGGCUUGGCGUUGGGCGGAUUCACUUGUUGAUGAAGGCCCUGAUGAGAAGGAAGUGUUGACUUUGUUCUUUGCCUACUCUGAUAACAUUUUGUCCUGCUUAGCCAUGGGAAAAGACAUAGUUAACAUCGUGCUGUUAAAUAGUCCCUGUAACGAGAAGUCUUACGUACAGCAUAACUUCGUUAUGGUGGUUGCAUGGUUUUUAGUGUGCUGCAUUUGAUAUAAUACAUAAAAUCACGUUCAAAACCAAAACUGACAUAACAAAAGGUCUGGAUUUAAGUGAGCAAAUAUUUUUAACUUUUUUGUUUAAAAAAAAAAAAAGUUUCAUUAUCCUUAGUCAAACUAUUUUUCUAAAAAUUUUUAUUUCAGCUUUAAAGAUGAGUCAUAAGGUCAAAUGGGCCAUAUAAGCCAGCAGUGUUGAGAUGUCUUAGCAAGACACUUUAGGGCAAACAUGGCACAAUUGUUCUACAAGCUACUGCGGAAACAUUUCUUCAUAGCACUUCUGUAUCGUGUCUGUCCUGAGGUGCCACUGGACGUCUUACAAAAGCACCUCCUGUCAAAGUCAAGCCUGUGGGGUGGCGUCCGGGAGGGACAGUGUGCAUCCGUGAUUCUGUGUGUCCUCCAAAUCUGUCCUGGUGACCCCUUUUUAUGGGUAGGUCAAAUAGGUUUACAGUGGUUUAUUUUUAAUGCCUAAGUUUUGGCAACAGAAAGAAAACUUUUUAAAAAUUUUCAUUAAUAUAUAUAUACACAAGAAUAUGUCACAAAGAAAAUGUGUUGAGAAUACCAGUUUUCUAUUUGAUGCAUGUUAUUUUCCUAAAUAAAAUUGCCAAGGGGACUUGGAAGUCCAGAAAAGAAAAUAAUUUAAACAAACGCUGGUGAUCUUGAAUAAUGGUGUUUUGUAAAAUGAUGAUCUUGUCCUUCUCCGUAGUCUGGUCAAUUUUGUACGAUUAGGUAUCAGACUUUUAUUACCCUUUCUAACUUUUACUGAACUGAAAGCACAAAGCAUAAAGAAAAUCUGGAAACAAUUGUUAGUAUUGGAAAGAAAAUGAAAUUGUGAGUCUGUCUUUAAUUUUUGUUUGUGUUUCCUCUGAAUUUGCCUGACUGUCCUGGCAAGGACUUUGUUUACAAGCAAACCGUGCUAGUGUCUGCAGGGUCUGUCAGUACCCGUCAAAGCCAAGUCCAUUAAAGAUCCACGUCUUUGCUCUCA